AUGUUAGACAACGGCGACAAACAUAUUAAAAACCCAGUAUUCAGAGAUAUCCCCUUGAAUUAUAAAGAGUUCAAACAAUACUACUUUGAACAACAAUAUCAUGAAUUAUUCUUCUUAAGAAAGGAUGCCCGAAAAUAUGAAGAUGAUUUAGGAGAUGUGACAAUGGAGAUGUCCGAUGAUGAAUCUGCUACUUCUAUCAUUACCAAAAAAAAUAAGGAAAUCACAGAAGUGAAUGAGAUUGAUUGUGACAAUGAAGUUGAGAAUAAAAGCUCUGACGCCAUUAGAAGCGUUAAUAAUGAGAAAAAUCAUUCAUUUUUAAAAAGAUUUAUACCUGAACUAGAUCAUAGACAUUGGACAAUCUUUACUGCUGGUGGUGGUGUAUUUUCAGACAGUUAUAUUAGCAGUGCAUUUAGUAAUGUUAAUGUAUGCUUAAAACGUAUUUAUGGUACUGCUUAUUAUGAAUCCAAAGCAAUUAGUGUUGUCUCUUCGAUUAAUUUUGCAGGGACCGUUUUUGGUAUGUUAUUUUAUGGGUAUUUGGCAGAUACUUAUGGUAGAAAAAGGGCCAUGUUAUUAGGAACUAGUACUUUAAUUUUGUUUGUUAUAUUAUGCGCCGGUGCAUGGGGUAUAAAUACAACAGAUACACAUCCGGGAGGACUUUUUGAAGCUCUUGCUGUCUAUAGAUUCUUUAUUGGUAUUUCUAUCGGUAGUGAGUACAGUGUGAACGCUGCUGCUGCUGCAGAAGCAUCAAAUGCAUUACCUAAGGAGUCCAGAAGCAGAUAUUAUAUUUGGUUCACGGAUACGACAGCAGUUGCUGGUGGUAUUAUAGCAGGUUGUGUGCCUUUGGUGUUGACCUGGAUAUGCGGUGAGGCUCAUAUGACUCCAAUCUGGAGAAUUACAGUUGGUUUGGGAGCUAUUGCACCAUGUUCUUUUUUCAUUAUGAGAUUAAAAUAUAAAGAAAGUGAACAAUUUAAAACAACUAAAUUCAAAAAAAUACCACCAUAUGGUUUAAUAUUUAAAUUUUAUUGGUUUAGAACCGGUAUGAUGUCUCUAUUAUGGUUUUUCUUCGAUUUUGUAGCAUAUUCAUUUGCUACUUAUCUAACUAUCAUCCUGGAUAUGAUUCUUGGUGAUAACCCAUCAUUAGUUCAAGAUUUUGGAUGGUCUAUUGUAUUUAGAUUAUUUUCAGUCCCAGGUGCAGUUUAUGGUGCUUAUUUAGCUGACAUGAUUGGACCUCGUAAUGCCAUGGCUAUAUUUUGGUUUCUUGAAGGUAUAUUCAGUUUUAUCAUUGCUGCAGAAUUUACUUAUUUGAGAAGUCAUCUAGCAGGUUUCAUUAUUUUAUAUGGAUUAUUUACUGCUUCUUCUUCUUUUGGCCCUGGGUGCAAUAUUAGUUUGCUUGCUGCUAAAAUGCAUCCAACUCCACUUAGAGGUCAAUUAUACGGAUUCGCUGCAGCAGUUGGUAAAGUCGGUGCAUUUGUUGGUAGUUAUGUGUUCCCAAUUAUUAUUAAAAAAGCAGGUGGUUCUGAUACAGUUACUGGUUUAGUGACCCCAUUUUAUAUUUCAGCAGGAUUAUGUUGUGGUUGCGGUAUAUUAACUUUCUUCUUUAUGCCACCAUUUGAUCCUGAAAGUAUGAUUGAUGAGGAUAAUAAAUUUAUUCAAUAUUUAGAUAGUCAAGGUUAUGACAUUAGUAAUUUAGGUGAAGCUAAAAGUAAUGAAGCUAAAAGUAAUGAAGAUGAAAGUAAUGAAGAUGAAAUAUCAAUGGUUACUUUAAAAAAUCAUGAAAAUAACGAAUUAAAAAAAGAUAGAGAAUAG